GAGAUGUCUGAGGGCAGCCUGUCUGUGGAAUCCAUGUUGCUUGCUGACCAAUCCAACAGCCCAGCAGAGGAAAAGACAAGAGCAGACAGCUCUGACACAGACCUAGAGAUUGAAGAUACCGAGAGGUCCUUUGCAACCAUAAAGGGUGCAGAGCUAUAUUUAGAGGCUUGCAAACUGGUGGGAGUGGUGCCUGUCUCUUACUUCAUUCGGAACAUAGAGGAGCCUUACAUGAACCUGAACCAUCAUGGUCUAGGACCCAAGGGUGCCAAAGCCAUUGCCAUCACACUGGUGUCCAACACAACCAUCACUCAUCUGGAGCUGGAAGAUAACUGGAUCCUGGCUGAAGGAGUCACGUGUCUGGUACAGAUGCUACGAGAGAACUGCUACAUUCAAGAGCUGAACAUCUCCAAUAACCACAUAGGCACAGAAGGAGCGGAAGCCAUCUCCAGGAUGUUCCUGGAUAAUAUUUCUUGUCUCCGGGCUGUUCAGCUCUCAGGAAACAACUUUAGGGAGGAAACUGCCCAGUACUUCGCCGAGGCACUACUGGGCAAUUACCGAGUGAAGGAGCUGGACCUCAGCCACAAUGAGUUCUCUGAGAAGGGAGGAGAGCAUCUGGGACAGAUGUUGGCCAACAAUGAAGCACUGGAGUUUCUGAACCUGAGCUGGAACCACUUGCAGAUGAAGGGGGCUGUGGCAUUGGGUGCUGGUCUCAGAGCCAAUGGAACACUGAAGAUACUUGACCUCUCAUGGAAUGGCUUUGGGAAUGAGGGGGCUCUGGCCCUUGGAGAAGCUCUCAAACUCAACAACAUUCUGGUCCAACUGGACAUCAGUAGCAACCAUAUCAACAACGAAGGGGCUGGGAAGCUGGCCAGGGGGUUAGAGGACAACGGAAAUCUCAAAAUCCUGAAGCUGUCUCAUAAUCCCCUAACUGUAGAGGGUGCCGUUGCGCUUGUCACAUCCAUCAGGAAGAAUCCAAAAUCCAAGAUGGAAGAGAUCAACAUCUCAAAUGUGCUUGUGAAUGGAAGCUUCCUCAAGCUGCUGGAUGUGGUGUGUCAGGUGCACCCUGAAUUAGAUGUCAUCUAUGGUGGGGUUCAAGGCUUCAUCUCCAAGAAGCCUGAACAGCGUCCAGACCCCAUGAAGCUGAUUCAGAACUACUUGGAUGAACGCAAGUUGAGACUCUGGGAUUUCUUUAGGAACAUGGACAAAGAUGGAAGUAUGAAGAUCCCUGUGGCAGAAUUCCGGAAAGCCAUGAUGCAGCAAUCAAGAAUUCCACUAGAUCGAGCCCAGAUUGUGGAACUGGUGCACAAAUUGGACCAGCACCGGACAGGGAUGGUGGAUUACAGGAGCCUAGUGGACACACAGAAGCAGAUGGUACGAGACCAGUGGUGGCAGCUAAGGAGGAAAGAGUCACGGCAGAAGAAGGAGAAGCACAAGAGUGAGCGAGUGCUGCAGACUUUCAAGAGUGCUGUGGAAAUGGUCACAUCACGCAGUUCCCUGGUGAUGUGCUCUGGCCAGAAGCCACUGGCACUGCCCAGGUCUGACCCUGCCUACUUUUCAACCACUUCUCUCAGCUCAUGGUGCCAACCAGCCACCACCAGGGAAUCCACAAGCAGCCAGAACUCUGCUGAGCCAGCAUUCAGUGAGCAAAAGGGCCCCUCCAACCAUCAGCUGUCCCAGAGUGAACCACAUUCUGCCUCACGGGAUUCAACCUCUGACCUGGAAGUGAAAUUCUACUCCCAGCCCCAGCUCAGCAUCUCAGAAGCCCAAACCCACUCCCAGUACAGCAUAGCAACCUCUGACCUGGAAACAUACUCCAAGGCCUAGUCUAGUGACAAUGCCACUUCUUACAGGGUGAUGCCACGGGAGACCAGAAGUUCUGUUCAUGAGUCCCACUACUUGGCCAGGAUCUGUCAUGCUGCCUUAUCACCACAGAAGCAUGGGCACAGUGCUAAGUCAUCCAAAUGA